AUGAGGCUGCUGACGGUUCUGCUGUUAUCAGCCAUUUCAACUUUCUGCGAGGGAUCGUGGACGUUGAGCUCAGUUCAGCCGGUCAAAACUGAGUCGCGCCCGAAGGCGAAAAAGCCUGUUUAUGACCUGUACUAUUACAGUCCGGGAACGUUGGGCUCAUCCUUUUACUAUGGAUCUCAGACGAAUUGUCAGUGUCGUCCAGGGCCUCCCGGGCCACCUGGUCCACCUGGAACUCCUGGCUUGCCAGGUGAGCAAGGACCGCCUGGUGAAAAAGGCGACCUUGGGGAUCGUGGAGAACGUGGAGAGCGAGGAAGAACGGGCAGACCGGGCUAUACUGGAUAUCCGGGACCCAUUGGACCACCAGGUUCCCCCGGAAAAUCUCCAUCACAUCGGCAUAAGCAAGGUCCGACAAUCAUUUAUUUACCAGCAAUUACAGACGACAAGCCACCUAAACAAGAAACCACAAAGGGAGCAAUGGAAAUACAUCAUCAAAACCCGAUAACAGAAAGCACUUCAAAUCGUCGGCCAUCGGCUCCCAAAAACAAGGGAUCAAAAAUUGUUGAGAAACCCAGUUUAACAAAUGCAAAUGCCAGCAUUAAUUUGGAUAUCGCUCAAGUGGGAUCGGAGCUGAAGAAAAACGUAACCAUUGAAGGUGUAAAAAGUGAUACAAUUAACUUCGUAAUUUAUCAAAAAAAGCAGGAUAAUAGCGAUGCCACAAUAAGCAAGGAACCAAAACUGACUGAUAAAAUAUCUGCAUUAAAUUUAAUAGAUAAAAAUGUUACUACCAUAAAAACAGAUGAAAUUCAAACAAAUGCGGAAAUAUUUAAGGUAACAUUGAAAGAUUCCAACCUCGAAACCCAGGAGAACUAUGAUCUAAAUCCAUUUACCACCUAUACCGAAGAGACGCCUGGCUUAACUGAUACUACAACAACUAAAAUUGAAACCUUAACGAUUGUGGAAAAGGAUAAUGUACAAACAGAAAAAUCUUUAGUGGAUGAAAAACCAUCCGCGGAAGUUCCUGAGGUGGUGACCACAAAUGGUACAUCCCAGGAUGAGAAGACGUCAACUGAGUUAACUUCAUCGGAACCAACAACGAGCACCAAUGAGCCAACGACUUUUCCAACAGAACCAACUAUAUCAGCUGAAGACACAACAAUUAUGCCAGAGGAAAUAUCAACAACCGAAAACGCGGAGGAAUUAGGAUCCAACCCACCUGAGGUGGUGACCACAAAUGGUACAUCCCAGGAUGAGAAUACUACAACUGAGUUAACUACAUCGGAACCAAUAACGAGCACCAAUGAGCCAACGACUUUUCCAACAGAACCAACUAUAUCACCUGAAGGCAUAACAAUUAUGCCAGGGGAAAUAUCAACAACUGAAAACGUUGAGGAAUUAGGAUCCAACCCACCAACUGAUGAACCAGUGACUAUCAAAACGGAAACGCCAGAGGCAUUAGCCACAGAGCAAGACCUUCUCGAUCAAGAAGAUCUGAUGUUACCUUCCACUCCCAAAGAAUACGAGCUUGGUAUCCAGGUAUCUAUUAUAAUGGAUACAAUGUCAGCUACGCAAGCUAGCUUAAAUGUGUUGUAA